AUGGUCCAAAUAGUAGGGAACCGGUCUGACUUUGUAGAAAACGGGUCAAAAAUGAGAAUAUGGCUCGGAGCUUGGCUUGGCUUUGGAAUAUGGCUUGGAGCUCGGCUCGGCUUCGAAAUAUGGCUUGAGGCUCGGCUCGGCGCGGCUCAAAUAUGGCGCGCGUGUGGCUCACUCGUCUUCUUCCUCGGGCGCGUGGGCUACAGUGCUGAAAUUUCAGACGGAGAGUGUGGUCCACCCCGUGCUCCGAUUGAUCUGAUUUUUGCACCGUUGAGUUCACUGCAUAAUGCAGUCUAUAGUGCUGAUGGUACAGAAGUUCUCUCUCCAAUUGUUCUGUCAAAUGCCACUCCUUAUAAAACUUUCUUGGAAUUAGUCCCUAACAAUACCCUUCCUGAUGAUUUUACCCGUGCCCUGAAGUACUCUGACUAUAGCUCUGCAACUACAAAGAUUAAUCUAGCUGUUGAUAAACUCCCCCAAUUUCAAUGCUGCAAGUUGAAUCAUCCUGAUGCUGGUCCUCAGCACGUGGGCACUAUUCAUAUUGGUUCAGAGAGUAUGGAGGAGAUUGAUUUGGCUUGUCAAGAUGCUGUCAAUGGGGUACCAUCAAGAAGGCCAGUUAUCGAAAUGACAAUUCCUUCUGUAUUGGACAAAACAAUUUCUCCUCCUGGUAAGCAUGUGAUCAACUUGUUUGUCCAGUACACACCCUAUAAGCCAUCAGAUGGAAGCUGGGGAGAUUCUGCUUAUAGAGAAUCAUUUGCACAAAAAUGUUUUAGCUUGAUCGAGGAAUAUGCCCCUGGGUUCAGCUCAUCAAUCAUUGGCUAUGACAUGUUGACUCCACCAGAUCUUGAAAGGGAAAUUGGUCUUACAGGAGGGAAUAUAUUCCACGGUGCUAUGGGAUUGGAUUCCCUUUUCCUCAUGCGACCAGUGAAAGGAUGGUCGAGCUAUAGGACUCCUCUCCAGGGGCUGUAUUUGUGUGGAAGCGGAACCCAUCCAGGGGGUGGUGUGAUGGGUGCACCUGGACGCAAUGCUGCACAUGUCGUUCUUCAAGAUGUUGAAAAACCUUGAACCGAUUCUAUUGUUAAGGGUGUGUUUUGCAUCGUUUUCAAAAAAUUUAAACUUUUUUUUCU